AUGGAUGAAGCCGAGCCAGGAGGUGUCCAGUGGGGACUCUGCUGGACUCAAGUCCACAAGUGUAUUUACAUUGGAGACUUCCACAGUUCAUGGCAUGGAGAGUAUCACAGUCUGGAGUUUACGCACACUUAUAUUCAGUGGUUGUUCCCACUGGAAGUGCCAGGAGUGAACAACCGCGCCAGUACCCUGACCAAAGCAGAAAUCGAGGAGUUUCUGAAAGAACCAACUGCAAAGGAAAAUCUGUUGAAGUCCUAUAAGCUCAUGUUGGACUUUUACGGCAUAGAGUUGUGCAACGAAGAGACGGGCCACGUCAAAAGGGCAAGAAACUGGAGGGACAGGUUCAACGACUUAAACAGACACACUCACAACAACCUCCGAAUCACCCGCAUCUUGAAGUGCAUGGGGACCUUGGGUUACCGUCACUACCAAGCCCCCCUGGUCGACUUCUUCCUCAAACAAACUCUGGUCCACAAAGAACUCCAAAGUGUCAAAGCCAGUGUCCUCAACUACUUCAUAUUUACCGUAGUUGAUAGGAAAGAGCGCAGGAAGCUUAUCAAGUUUGCUUACCUGAACUACGACCAAAAUGAAGAGUUUGUGUGGUGUCCAAAGAAGAUACAGAGUCUGUGGUCAAAGUCACGUCCCUCCAAAUAGCAGGAGCCAAUGAUGUUCACGACCAACACUGCUAUUAUUUACAUGAAUAAAUACUACCCAAACAA